AUGGACUCCGGCGCAACAACGGCAGAUUCCCCGUCCCUCCCAUGGCGGGCCAUGUCCAACAUGACCAUGUGGGGAGUGGCCGGGCUGUGUCGUGCAUUCUUGUCGGCAUUGAAUAAUGCGGAGGUUCAUGGCGGCGAGGCUUUUACUGCCUUGCUGGACUCGAGGCAGGACCCGUCACAAAGGUCAAAGGGUUUGAUUACAGUUUCGAACCAUAUCAGUGUUAUGGACGAUCCUUUAGUCUGGGGACUACUUCCCGCGCGAUUCUGGAACAAGCGAUGGUCAUUCGGCAGUCAUGAUAUCUGCUUUCAGGGCAGGCCACUCUCCCUCUUCUUUGCGUUGGGACAGGUCCUGCCCACGCAUCGCCUUGCGCAUUCUCAGUUCGGCGGCUUAGGCCAACCAGCAAUCACAGAAGCGAUUCGACUCUUGUCCAAAGGGCCCUUCCCGGUCGAUCACAACCGUGCCACCCCCGAGCUCCAGCGUUUUAGCCUCCAGAAUGUCUGCAUCGAUCCCUUCUCCGACCUCUCCAUCGCAUAUACUACCCAUGGCGAUGAUGCACAUAUGGCACCUUCUGCGUUCGCCUGCAACGCGAACUCGUGGGUUCACAUUUUCCCCGAGGGUAAGAUCCACCAGGCACCACACAAGACCAUGCGAUACUUCAAGUGGGGCAUUGCGCGCCUCAUUCUAGAGACGAAGGAGUGCCCAGACGUGGUACCUAUGUGGAUCGAGGGCUUUGACGAUGUCAUGCACGAGAGUCGUGAGUUCCCUCGGUUCCUCCCUCGCGCUGGCAAGAAGAUAGACGUCACAUUCGGAUCCAAGGUGGACACCGAGGAAGUGUUUGGAGAGAUGCGUUCCCGCUGGCAAAAACUGAGGGCUAAGGUCGAGAAGAAAGAUGCUCAAUCUCGUGAUCUACCUUUCGGCGUCUUAAGCGAUGAACUGCUGAAUAACAAGGAAGCAGUUGAGUUGCGCAAAGAAGUCACCUUGAAGAUCAGGAACCUUGUGCUUGAUGUAAGGAGGUCCCGAGGUCUUCCUGAUGAAGAUCCAAAGGAAGGUCUUGUCGAGACUUGGCUGGAGGAAGGUCCUCAGCGUGAGGGCCACAUGAAGGAUGAUUCCUGGGUUCGAGAUAUCUGA